AUGGCGGCGCCCAGUUAUGACUACAACUCCCAUCAUGCCGCGCGGCACCCGUUGAGCCCCGUUAUGGCGGCACCCAGCCUGGACUACAACUCCCAUGAUGCAGUACGACACCCCUACAGCACCACUAAGGAGCCGCCCGGCUUGGACUACAACUCCCUGGGGAACUUUGGCAUUAUCAUCUUGGUGCGGGUGUCUCCCAGCCUCCACACCCCCAUGUACUUCUUCCUCACCCAUUUUGCCUUCACUGACAUCUGCUAUUCCACAGUCAUCUCCCCCAGGAUGCUGGCAGACCUGUUAUCAGAGGACAAAACCAUUUCUUUCACUGGCUGCAUGAUGCAGUUCCUCACCUUUGCUUUCUUUGCUAUUAGUGAGUGUCACCUCCUGGCCAUGAUGGCCUACGAUAGGCACAUUGCUAUCUGCCAUCCUCUGCUUUAUGUGACCAUCAUCUCCAGCCGUGUCUGCUGGCAGCUGGUAGCAUUAUCUUACCUAUUUGCCUUCCUCACUGCCAUCACCUACACUUGGUGCACGUUUGGAGGUUCCUUCCGUGGUCCCAACAGCAUUGACCACUUCUUCUGCGAGCUUUUCCCUGUGCUAAAGCUUGUGUGCUCUGACACUCACAGCAGUGAGAUGGUCAUCUUUGCCUUCGUCACCAUCAAUGCGGUGGGUGCAAUCGUGGUUAUUUUUCUCUCCUACAUGUCUAUCAUCCACACUGUGCUGAGGAUGUGCUCAGCACAGAGCAGGGCCAGAGCCUUCCACACCUGUGCCUCCCAUUUGAUGGCUGUUUCCAUGUACUUUGGGACAGGAUUCUUCAUGUACCUACAACCUCCUUCUAGCCACAGGAGCCUGGAUAAGGUGGCCUCCAUCUUCUAUGCUGUGCUCAUCCCCAUGCUCAACCCCUUCAUCUACAGCCUGAGGAACAGGGAGGUGAAGGGGUCUCUGGUGAAAUGCGGGAGGAGGAUUUUCAGCUGCUGGCAACACAGAAGCUUUCUGUCAUCCAGGACACGAACAGUUCAUCUCAAGUGA